CUCGCGGCGCCGCCGGGACCCGCAGCGGCCGCGCCAAGGGCACCGGGAACGGGCGGGCCGGGACAGACCACGCGCCGCGCAGGGCGGGGGAGGAGCGGCCUCCCCCCGGCGGGCUCGCGGUGGUGCCGCCCGCCACCCUUCCGGCUGCUGCCCCUCCUCCCCGUCUCCCGCAAGAUGGCAGCGAGCGCGGCGCGGGCUGGGGGUGGUUGAGGGUGGCAGAUUAGUUCUUUUGGAGAGUAAACACUUGGAGAGGAAAAUGACAUCGAUUAUCAAGUUGACUACGCUCUCGGGGGUGCAGGAGGAAUCUGCCCUUUGCUAUCUGUUGCAAGUAGAUGAGUUUCGUUUUCUUUUGGACUGUGGCUGGGAUGAAAACUUUUCUAUGGAUAUUAUUGAUUCUCUGAGGAAGCAUGUUCACCAGGUUGAUGCUGUUCUGCUUUCCCACCCUGACCCUCUACACCUUGGUGCACUUCCAUAUGCAGUUGGAAAAAUGGGGUUGAAUUGUGCCAUUUAUGCAACUAUUCCUGUAUAUAAAAUGGGACAGAUGUUUAUGUAUGAUCUCUACCAGUCCCGCCAUAACACUGAAGAUUUCACACUCUUUACAUUGGAUGAUGUAGAUGCAGCCUUUGAUAAGAUACAACAGCUGAAAUUUUCUCAGAUUGUGAACUUAAAAGGCAAAGGACAUGGUUUGUCAAUCACACCAUUGCCAGCUGGUCACAUGAUAGGAGGCACAAUUUGGAAGAUUGUCAAGGAUGGGGAGGAAGAAAUUGUUUAUGCUGUUGAUUUCAACCACAAGAGGGAGAUCCAUCUGAAUGGAUGUUCCUUGGAAAUGUUAAGCAGGCCUUCAUUGCUUAUUACAGAUUCAUUUAAUGCUACUUAUGUACAACCCAGGAGGAAGCAAAGGGAUGAACAGCUGCUGACUAAUGUUUUGGAGACAUUACGAGGUGAUGGAAAUGUAUUAAUAGCCGUGGAUACUGCAGGCAGAGUUCUGGAACUUGCUCAGCUUCUUGAUCAGAUCUGGAGAACAAAAGAUGCAGGAUUAGGAGUCUACUCUCUCGCACUUUUGAAUAAUGUCAGCUACAAUGUAGUGGAGUUCUCUAAAUCACAGGUUGAAUGGAUGAGUGACAAGUUGAUGAGGUGCUUUGAGGACAAGAGAAACAACCCUUUUCAGUUCCGCCAUCUCUCCUUAUGUCACAGUCUUUCUGAUCUGGCUCGAGUGCCUAGUCCAAAGGUUGUUCUUGCCAGUCAGCCUGACUUGGAAUGUGGGUUUUCUAGAGACCUUUUCAUUCAAUGGUGCCAGGAUUCCAAAAACUCUGUAAUUUUAACUUACCGCACUACACCUGGAACAUUAGCACGAUUCCUGAUUGAUAAUCCUUCUGAAAAAGUUAUAGAUAUUGAGUUGAGAAAACGUGUCAAAUUGGAAGGAAAAGAACUUGAAGAGUACCUAGAAAAGGAGAAACUAAAGAAAGAGGCAGCUAAGAAGUUAGAGCAGUCUAAAGAGGCAGAUAUUGAUUCCAGUGAUGAGAGUGAUGCUGAAGAGGAUAUUGAUCAGCCGACUUUGCAUAAGACUAAACAUGAUUUGAUGAUGAAAGGUGAAGGUAGCCGGAAAGGAAGCUUCUUCAAACAGGCGAAAAAAUCUUAUCCAAUGUUUCCAGCUCCUGAAGAAAGAAUUAAAUGGGAUGAAUAUGGUGAAAUUAUCAAGUAUGUGGUGGUAAUGUAUACUAAAACAGUAGCAAUGAAAUAAUCAAAAACUAAAAGG